CAACUCAAUAGUAAACGAGGAAUAACUUUCUACUCUUAUUGAUUGUGACACCAUUUUGUUGAGGCAGAGUGCUCCAUUCUUUGAAGUAUCUAGCSUAGCACGAUGACAACUACUCCACAAUUACUUCGGAGAUGUCGACCAUUUCAGCGACGGCAGCCUCUAUCGUCGUUGCAUUUUAGAAGGGACGCCACUAUAAUUUCGAAGGAUCGAUUUCAAUCAGACAAGAUUCAGAAGCAACAUUAUCAUCAUCAGUUUAUACAGAAAAAUUSYCGCUCGAUCCUAUCUCCCUUUUCGURYUCAUAUGGCCCAUUAAGCGAAACAGAUGCAUCCCUUUCUUCGUCGAUAUCGUUGCAAGGAAGUCUGCCACAGAGACGGCAUUUUUGGAAUCCAUUUUCUUCRUCAAAGAGUGGCAGUGUCCGUGACAGCAAUGCGGUUGUAGGGUCAUCUCGUACGAAAAGCGAAGACGAAACUGAGCAGCCUCGUAAAAUUCAAGAACGAAAGGAUCUGACCUUAUUGGUAUUGGCUCUAGAAUUUCACAAGAUCGCCGCAGAAGAAGAUCGACGACGACUAGAAAAAGCUGAAUCCGAAGACGAAACGAAAUCGUCGUCAUCUGGCAAUGAAUAUUUAGAGAACAGAGAAAAAAUGAUUGAUUUGGCGUUUGAAAAAUUGGAAGAAAUGGAGAUUGAUAACAAAACCAUGAUGCAACUGCGUUAUGUCUUACAAGAAGGCUUAGAAGAGCAARUCAAGGAUUUGUUUGAUGCWUUUCUAUCUAUUGACGAAGAAUUACUCUUGUUGCGGUUAGAUGACGAAGAAAACACGCAUGAUGCCGAUCGAGCCGAUGUCGACGUAGAAUCCUACUUGGAAGAAAUAUUGCGAUUGGAGCUAGAACGUACCAUAGAUGAACUAGCCAAUACAGAACAGAGUAGAGCACCAAAAGGUGCUGAUCCAAAAGAGUUCUUGACAUUGAAACGGGGUGCUAUCGAGACUCUGCUACGAGAGCGAGAGGGGGAGCAGAGGCUGUCCUCACAAGAGAUAUCMAAUAGUGAUGAGAAUGAAUCUAAUAAUUCUACAGAAAACCAAGAUGCAAAUGAAAACACCAACGAUGAGAAACAGAACACGGUCACUUGGACUCCGCCAGAUGAGUUUGGUUAUCACGUCUCUGUGGACSAAGAACGAAAUCGGCUCAUACGGUACUACCAAAGCAUAAAUUUGUGUCGGUCUGCAAAAAUGCGAGAUCAGGUUGGGUAUAGCGUCAUUGCACUACGAUCUUCUAUUCCAGSCGCUGGACGUGGGGUGUACGUGGACGGCUACGCUCGAGCUGGAUCGAUCUUAGCGUUUCAACCGGGGCCGGUUUGGGCCAAGGAAAGCCUAGUAAAUCUUUCUGUAGACGAAGAACGUGAUCUAGAGCGAAACGACGCCUAUCAAAUGUCCCUUAGGCCCGAUGAUUAUAUGAUCGACUCGAGACGUUCACCGUACACCGUUCUUGUGGACGACAACAGCAAUCUCAUGGCAUUGGGUCACAUUGUGAACCAUCCCAGUCCUUCGAAUCCACCUAGUUGCCGCUCUGCUAUGCUUAACUUCACACAGGGAAUGGAMAUAGGAUCUUCGACAAAACUGAAACGAUAUAUCCCGAACACCUAUGCCCGGCCGCGGAACGUGACGCUCAUGGACAGUUUGUGGGAUCGCGAUGUGAUCGAAAUGCAUUCCAUGGUUUUGAUAGCGACUCGAGAUAUUUGCAAUGAAGAAAUAUUUUAUGAUUAUCGUUUGGCGUCAAGUCACCUUCCCCAGUGGUAUCACAAAGUGGACGAUACGGCAUUUGAAUCUGUUGAUGAACUGGACGAUAGUGAUGGUAACGAUUCGUGACCCAAAAGGUCAUCGAUCGGUUAUCGAAAUCAAUGAUCUUAUUUUAG